UAGUGUCCCAGGUGAAGGGCCACACCAGGUACCCCCAGCCAGUACCGUAUCACUGCCUCAGGUGUAGGAGCAGCACAGCACCAACAGUGUGUGGUGGAGGGUGGCCACACUGCCUCAGGUGUAGCAGCAGCAGCACAGCACCAACAGUGUGUGGUGGAGGGUGGCCACACUGCCUCAGGUGUAGGAGCAGCAGCACAGCACCAACAGUGCACAGUGCCACACACUACCCGGUCAUCCCGACCAUCCCUGCUAUAAAGAGUCUCGUUAAUACAUGUCUGUUGACCAGUCACAUUCAUUAGCGGAUCGGGUGAAGGUCAAACUGAGAAAACAAGAUAAUUUAACAGUGAUAAGGAUAGGGCUAGUGUGAAGUGUGAUGGUGAGUGUGAGUGUGUGUGGUGGAGGCCCUCACUACUGCGCCACCAUCCUCACCAUCCUCCAACACUUCUCACUCCAAAACCACCAUACUGGACUACACAACUUUGUGCUGCUGCUACACUCGACACUAACUACCAAAUACAGUAUAUGAAACUUAGGUGUUCUGUCCGAGCAUCACCAUGUUGGAGACGACCAUCGUUGAUGACACCGCUGACGACAUCAAACACCAAAAUGCCAUUCCUGCCAAGUUUGUUAUUGGUGCCAGUGAUGAUGAGUUCGAAGAACCUCAAGCUAAGGAGGCAGUUUUGGCCACACAUGUGGUACCUCCUGACGGAGGAUGGGGUUGGGUGGUUGUGGCAGCGUCUUUCAUGUGCAAUGUUGUGGUUGAUGGAAUCAUCUUUUCUUGUGGGAUGCUGCUACCUAAAUUUCGGGAGGAGUUUAACGUGUCUAAUUCAGAAGUAUCGUGGGUCAGCUCACUCCUUGGAGGCUUCUACCUCAUUGUUGGACCAUUUGUGUCAGCCUUGGCAAACGCAUAUGGAUUCCGCACCGUGUGUAUUCUUGGAGCAGUGAUAUCUUCAGUGGCCUUUGGAAUCUCUUCAUUUGCUACAAGCAUUUACUUCCUUCAAUUUACCUUUGGGGUUAUAGGUGGUAUUGGCUUUGGGCUGAUAUAUGUUCCAGCUGUGAUUGCCACAGGUUUCUAUUUUGAGAAGCGCCGGGCCCUGGCAACUGGCAUUGCUGUUUGUGGCUCUGGCAUUGGCACCUUCAUUUUUGCACCCCUGAACAACUACCUCAUUGUAGCAAUUGACUGGCGGUGGACACUUGUUGUGUAUGCUGGAAUAACACUGACUUGUGCAGUCUUUGGGCUGGCAUUCAGACCUCUGCAGCCUACUUCAGGACCCUGGGAUGAAGACUUAGAACCACCAAGCACUCCACUGCUGAUGAGGAUCAAGAGAGCUCGUGAUGAGCAAAUGCGACAGUGUGCUUCUGCUCUCUCAAUGUCCUCCAUGAACUCCAAAUCACCUUCAAAAACACAUAUAGAUGACCCCAUGAAUGGUCCUGAUGUGAAGGUGAUCAACAACAGUGGUUUAGCACGUGCACUUCUGGAGCGACACGGUGGCAACAUGCACAAACGCUACAGCUUUCCAGGCAUUAUGGUUACAGGGCCUGAACCUAUUAAGGAAGAAACUGAGACACCUCUCAUUGAGUCUGAGGGAAAAGAUGAAACUGCAAGUGAUGGAGCCGAUUGUAAAAAUGCUCGCGUGUUAGAUGACAACAAGAAUGAAACACAGUUUAAGAAUAUGACUAAUGGAAGCGAACAUAAUAAUGGUACAUCCGCUGAUGCAAACACUUGCCCGCGGAAUAAAAGUGCCCCAGUUCUUGCUCAACCAAGUCUAUUAUCUGAUGAAAACCUUCGUCGCCCAUCACGAUUGACUUUGCGAACAGAGAUUGCUCGACCGUUUUACCGUGAAGAUAUUUUCUACUCCGGUUCUUUAUAUCGCCUCCCAGAGUAUCAAAGCUCACCUUCUGGCCAAAUGGACUCUGUAGAUAAAUACCACCAGUCAGUAACACAGCUGCCUCCCAUGGAGGACAUUGCUGAAGAAGAGGCCAGUGGAAGGUGCCAUUGUUGCCCCACAGCGCUCACCAACAUUAUCACCAGAAUCUUUGACUUCUCAUUGUUGGCAUCACCGACCUUUGUGGUGCUGAGUGUGGCAGGCUUCAUGUCUCUCAUGGCUCUCUUUGUUCCAUUCAUGUUCUUGCCAGGGUAUGCAGAACAACAAGGAAUAAGUAAAGGAUCAAUUGCUACAUUGGUGUCCACCAUUGGUAUCACCAACACAAUAGGCAGGAUUCUGUGUGGUUGGGUGUCAGACCAUCCUAAGGUUGAUGCUUUGUGGGUGAGCAACUUUUCUUUGAUUUUGGGUGGUGGAGCGACUGUGUUGCUGCCUCUUAUAUCCGAUGAGUCCCUUCUUCUUGCCUACUCUGUUGCCUUUGGUUUGUCUGUAGCUGCAUUUGCUUCAUUGCGUUCCAUUCUGCUUGUGGAGCUUCUUGGCUUGGAGAAACUGACAAAUGCUUUUGGUCUUCUCCUACUGUUUCAAGGCAUUGCAGGGAUCUUUGGAAGUCCUGUAGCAGGUGCAUUUGUUGACCUGACCAGCAACUACAGCAUUAGUUUCUAUGUGUUUGGGGGAUUGUUUGCAGCCUCAGGCAUAUUAUGCAUCCCACUUAGAUGCAUCAAGAAUUGGGAGGAUAAUAAGGCAAAGCAGCUGCAAGAAGCAAAAGAUAUUGAGCUAAAGGCAUAGCCGUAAAAAGACAUUAUGUACUUGUAAUCAAGUUAAUCAUACUGGAUAAAGUUAUUACAGCAAGAAUGGUAUUCUUUACACAAAAGUGAUGGUAAUCAACAGAUCCAAUUAGAGUACUAGUUCCUAUGAUGAAUUAGACUUUCUUUAAACAAUUAUGUGAAUCUAAGCUUAAAUAGUAAGGGAAAUGAAGUCAAGGUCUUGCUUGUGAAAAAUAUCCUCAGAAGUUAAGAUCUUGCUUGUAAGAAACACAUCCUGGUCUGUGGCUGGGCUGUAGUUGUAUAAAAACUUAACACAGAUAAUUAUAAAAGUCUGGGCAAGAUGUAUGAAUAUACAAUACAGAAGGCCCUUGCAUAGUUUUAGAGAUCCUCUCUAUGAAGACCUCUAACUGUGGAAAUUGUGCUACAUGAGUAAAUGUUACUGUGUAUAGCAAAACACAGAUUCAGUGAUUAUUACGAAGCACAGUACUGACCUAACUUCAUAAACACAAUACAGGUAUACCCUACUGUAUAAAGUAGAUAUGUAAACUGACAAAUGAUGUAGAUUACAAUAAACAUUGUGACUUAUUGUCUGCAUAAACAUUACCUUUUAUACUUUUAUUUUUUCAUGGGGUUCAUCUUCAGGUGCAGUAGGAGCUGUAGAAUUUUUGGAUUUAGACAUAUUGCAAAUAAUAAUGUUUUAAAAAAUAUAUAAAAUUAGACAAAUUUGAGUCAACUUUUGCCACUUGCUCACCUAACAUGUUAGGUGAGGAAGGGUCUACUCUACUUGUUUUUCUGAUGCCUGAAAUGUUAAAGGCAAAUAAAUA